CCGCGCCGCGCCGAGCGAGGACGCGCUGAGGCGGCGCUGCCCGCCGCGGGCCCCGGCCGCCGCCAUGUCCUCGUCGUCGUCGUCGCCGCGGGAGGCGUUCGACGAGGAGCGCGAGUACGAGAGCCAGGCCAAGCGCCUCAAGACCGAGGAGGGCGAGCUCGACUACGCGGCCGACGGGGGCGACGGCCGGCGCGAGGCGGCGCCGCGGGCCGGGGGCGAGGGCGGCGGCGGCGGCGGCGGCGGCCGGAGCUUCCCGCAGCCGGAGGCUGGUGGAAGCCAUCAUAAAGUCUCGGUGUCCCCUGUUGUCCAUGUUCGAGGACUCUGUGAAUCUGUGGUGGAAGCUGAUCUUGUGGAGGCUCUGGAGAAAUUUGGGACCAUAUGCUAUGUGAUGAUGAUGCCGUUUAAACGGCAGGCUCUGGUGGAAUUCGAGAACGUAGACAGUGCCAAAGAGUGCGUGACUUUUGCUGCCGAGGAGCCUGUGUACAUUGCUGGCCAACAGGCUUUUUUCAACUAUUCUACAAGCAAAAGGAUCACGCGACCAGGAAAUACCGACGAUCCAUCAGGAGGCAACAAAGUUCUUCUGCUGUCAAUUCAGAACCCCCUUUAUCCGAUCACAGUGGAUGUCUUAUACACUGUGUGCAACCCUGUCGGAAAAGUGCAGCGCAUCGUUAUCUUCAAGAGAAAUGGGAUACAAGCAAUGGUUGAGUUUGAAUCUGUUCUUUGUGCCCAGAAAGCCAAAGCAGCACUCAAUGGAGCAGACAUAUAUGCUGGAUGUUGCACACUGAAAAUCGAAUAUGCAAGGCCAACUCGUCUAAAUGUUAUUAGGAAUGACAAUGACAGUUGGGACUACACUAAACCGUAUUUGGGAAGGCGAGAUAGAGGAAAGGGUCGCCAGAGACAAGCCAUUUUGGGAGAACACCCUUCUUCGUUUAGACAUGAUGGCUAUGGUUCCCAUGGUCCGUUACUGCCCUUACCCAGCCGUUACAGAAUGGGCUCUCGAGACACCCCUGAGCUUGUUGCGUAUCCGCUCCCGCAGGCUUCUUCCUCCUACAUGCCUGGAGGAAACCCCUCAGGCUCAGUUGUGAUGGUCAGUGGACUACAUCAGUUAAAGAUGAACUGCUCAAGAGUCUUCAACCUAUUCUGCUUAUAUGGAAAUAUUGAAAAGGUGAAAUUUAUGAAGACUAUCCCUGGUACAGCGCUAGUGGAAAUGGGUGAUGAAUAUGCCGUAGAAAGAGCUGUCACACACCUUAACAACGUCAAAUUAUUUGGGAAAAGACUUAAUGUUUGUGUGUCUAAACAGCAUUCAGUUGUUCCAAGUCAGAUAUUUGAGCUGGAGGAUGGUACAAGUAGCUACAAGGAUUUUGCAAUGAGCAAAAAUAAUCGCUUUACAAGUGCUGGCCAAGCGUCUAAGAACAUAAUCCAGCCCCCCUCAUGUGUGCUGCAUUAUUAUAAUGUCCCGUUGUGUGUAACAGAAGAGACCUUCACAAAGUUGUGUAAUGAUCAUGAAGUUCUUACAUUCAUCAAGUAUAAAGUGUUUGAUGCAAAACCCUCUGCCAAAACACUUUCGGGGCUUUUAGAGUGGGAGUGCAAAACCGACGCCGUCGAAGCCCUGACAGCACUGAAUCACUACCAGAUACGGGUUCCAAAUGGUUCCAAUCCGUACACAUUGAAACUUUGCUUUUCUACAUCAUCCCAUUUAUAAGAAGAGGAGAGCAUGUUAGAAUUUAUGAUCAUCUUUAUUACAGUUUUAAAGUUAUACUUCACUUAAAAAAAUCUAAAAUAAUUGAUCUAAUGUUGCCUUGCUUACUUUGAUUUAAUAUCUUGUUCUGUAAUAAACAGAUAUUUUGCCUUUGGUAAAUUUGUUGUAAACUUAAAUACUGAAUUGUUUUCAUUUAAAAAUAGAAUAUCAUAAUGUAGGCCAUCUAGAGUUCCCAGAUAUAUAUGAUUUCUAAUCUUACAGUUUUCCUUUCACGGUGAAAAUAUAUUUGCAUUCUUAAUGCUAAUUAACUGCAAGUAUUUUUCCAUUGUCUAUGAGAUUAAUGCAGGUGAAAGUAUUGCAUUUUAAUAUUAAGAAUUCCCAUUACACGUUUAGAUGUUUAAGUAUGUUGCAGGUAUUCAUAUUAAAUACAACUUGUAUUUAUUAUUUUAACCAAGUUUGGGAAUAACAUUGCACAGAUGGAGUUUUAAUUACUACAGAUUUAGCUGAUUAUAUAUUUCUGAACAGCUAAUAGGAAAAUGGAUUCAUGUGUACAGUAUGCACUCACACUUAGUCUUUUUUCUUUUUUUAAGUCAUGUUCCAUUUGUAUUGAUGCGCCUCUGUUUCUAGUUCCAGUUUCAAGAUUUUAUAAAGUUACAACAAUUAGUUAAUGUGUUCAUCUUCAUUUGUUGCUUGUGAUUUGAUCUCAAAAAUACGCUUGGUAUUUGGCAUUGAGAUUACAAGAAGUUGUUAUUAACAACUUUGCUUCUAGAUAAUCUUGAGAUCCAUGAAUGAACUUUAGGGAGUCUGUGAAUCUCUUAAAAUUGUACGUAGAAUUUGGGGUACUUGCAUUUUUUUUACUCUUGAAUCCAUCAGUAAUAUAUGUAUUUUUCUAUAUGGUGCAAGGUAUAAGUGACUAAUUUUAUUUUUAUUCCAAACAGAUAGCUAUUUGUUUCAACACCAUUUAUUAAACAUUCUUUCUCCCACUGGA